AUGGACUUUUCAAGUAUCCCGAUCAAUGCUAGGUCACCCACCGUAAUGGGUCAAGCUAGGACGUCCACCGUAAUGGACAAACAAGCUAGGAAGUCCUCCGUAAAGGACAAACGUAAGACCAUCAGGAUUGCCACCCUCAACGUUGGUACUCUGACUGGCCGAGCUGCCGAAGUGGCAGAAAUGCUCAGAGAAAGAAACAUCGACAUCUGCGCAUUACAGGAAACAAAAUGGUCCGGCGCCAAGGCGAAAAGAAUUGGUGGAUACAGUUUGUAUUAUAAAGGAGAGCGAUCGAAAGUCAAUGGUGUCGCCAUCGCCGUUUCACAGAGGUUAGAACACACCGUCAAGGAUAUACAAAGGAUUUCUGACCGCAUCAUUUAUGUGGCUAUGAUCUUCGGCAAGAGAAUCACACACUUUGUCUGUGCUUUUGCCGAUGUAACUUAA